CCCACUUACAUGCUCAGCGACCGCCACUGCACCCAUCCAUCCAUCCGCCCUGCUGUUGUCCACCUGCUCUGUGCUUGUCUGUCCGUUGGAGCGAGUAUUGCCAACCAAGACUACCUGCCUGCUGCUGUUGGCUCUCUUGCAAGAGCUACGGCAGCACACAAGCAUCUGGCACAGUAAACAAAGGAACCAACACACUCGAAAACACUCAACACUGCAGGUGGCACUGAUCUGUGUAAGUGUGCGCCACGCCCACCCAUCCAUGUGCUCAUCGCACCGAUAUUUACCUUACGAGCAGGAAAUGUCGCACCGAGACCUCCGGAAACGGCAUUUCGGUGUUAAGUCUCCUCUCGUGAGGUCAAUAUCGGAACGACUCGCACACAGACAGGUCAAUCAACUGCCGACCACAUGUGGUAUGGCUCGUUCGCUGUGCACCUCAUCUGGCCCUCCAGAGCCCCCGUCCACCCAACCACCCACUUCUCUCUUACCUAGCCUCGCAUCUGCAGGCGUGUGGGGGAGGGAGAGGGCAGGGGGGGUUGAAAGCAAGAACGGACAGGCAGUCAGACAGAUAAGACAGACAGACAGACAGGGGUGCUGAUGUGACAGUGUGGGUGUGCUUCGAGCAAAAAACCGACACAGCAUCACUCACAAGAAACCGAUGGAUCGCAGCGAUAAGUAAAUACGACGCACACGCACACACAUGAACACCACACCAUGGAAUGAAAUGGAAUGGAACGGACAAGUGGGAAAGAGAGUGUGCUCUUCGAGUCAGUCCUGGUCAGCCCCUAUCUCUCUCCUCCUCUCUGCAUCUUCCUCCUCUCUCAGCCAGCCACGUGCGCAUCCAUCGAUCGGCCGUGCAGCGAAUUCACCCAACAACACAACACAAGGCAGGCAGGCACCCAGGAAGGCAGGCGGGCAGGCAGGCAGGCAGCCCCGUCCACACCAUGCCAUGCUCGCUAUGACCAUACAUACAGGAGAAACUGUGGCACUCAGACAGACAUUAUGGACCGGACCCCAUUCACCAGUGACGUGACAGCUACCUGAAAACAAGACAGAGACAGAGAGCACGUGCCAUGCCAAACACCGUUUCACCACCGUCUCCCUCCCUCCCUCCAUUGCGACCUUCGGCACCCACCCAGCUUACAUACCAUGUCGGUCGGUUACUCGGUCUUGUGUUCCUCCUCCUCCUCCCCAUAGGCCUCCAUGGCAUCGCCGCCCUCUCUGCCCUCCCCCUCCUCAGUGUUGGAGUGGUUGCUGUUAUCGCCCUCCUUGCCGCCCUGCUGCCCCGCACUCGCAGCUGACGGGCUGUCCUCACCCGUCAUCGGGCUAUCGGGCACACCACCAGCACCACCAGUAGCAGCAGCGGCACUGACAGCACUGACAGGCACUGCUGGUGCAGCUGGGGGUGGCGGGGGAGGGGGCGGGGGUGGGGGAGGAUGGGAUGGAGCCGACGGCGGUGCCGGGCCCCACACCGAGCCCAUGGGCGGCGGGCCAUAGCCACGAGCAGGCGGAGCUGCCGGCUGCGGACGACUAGAACCACCCCUGAUCACAACACGCGCGACACAGAGAUAUAAACUUUAUAGGAUUUGGUGCGAUCUGUGUUUCGUCUCACCGGAAGAAGCUGCCGAAGAACCCCGCUGGCCCUCCCGGAGCUGCUAGACUACCCCACGGUGCUCGUCCGCUCCGCGUGGGCCCGUUGGCAGCAGGAGGGCGCGCUGGCGGCCCCAUGCGAGCCGGAGUUGCCGAGAAGGCAGCACGGGGUGGUCGGUUGAAGGGCGCACCGUUCUGACGAGGCGGACCCGACACGUUCGGUGGGACGAACGGCGGGACAGGAGCGUUGGAGUUGUUCGCAACGCCCUCACCAGACCUGCAAAGCACACAACAUAACAUGGCGACCGCAUUGCAUUGCAUCACACAUGAAUGACACAAGUGUGCACAUGACAUGGGCGUCAUGUGUGUGGAUCCUGUCACUCGUGUGCCCGCCCGUUAGUUACCUACCCGAAUGGCGGGCAGGGAGGGCCCUGAUAUGCCCCAUAUCCACCGCGCGCCCCCGCCCUGCCCCGCCCGAAGUACCCCUGGCCGCGGCCGCCACGGUGCAAGCCCGACGCCAAUGCGCCCCUCGGUCCGUCGUCCCAUGCGCUGCGAUGGCAAUCGAGGUCGUCGAAGAUCUCGUCAGAGUGGUCGCGACUGCGGAACGGAGGCGUGAACGAACGGUGGGCUGAGGCGGGACCGCCAUUCGAUGCCGCUGCACCUGCCGGAGACGCUCGGUUGUUACUGAGCAGCAAGACAAGACAAGACACACACCACCGCACCAGUGAGUGUUGAAGAGCGCGAGGCGUCCGUCUUGAUGGAUGUCUUGUGUGCUCACCGAUUGCCGUCAGCAGCACUGGAUGAGCUUGCCCCUCCGCCCGCUGCGGCCGCGGCCGAACUGGACGAGCUCGACGAGCUGGCGCCGCGCCCCCCGAGGCCGCCCGUGAACUCCGCCAGCGCACUCAUGAAGGCAUCCCUGGCCGACUCACUCAACACCACACUGCUCAUGCCUCCACGACCCCUACCGCGCCCGCGGCCGCCGCCGCGAGAGCGUCGCUGCUCGCGGGGCUGGGGUGGCCCCUCGGCGGUGGAGGUGGACGUGCUGUUGGCGGCCGGUCCGCCGUUGUCUGUGUGAGUGUUGGGCUGUGCGCUGUCCUCCUCCUCUGCCUCCUCGUCGUAGUCGGAUGCCAUGUCGAUGAUGCGGAACAUCUGACGCAUCAGAUCUAAUGAUCGCAUCGCGACACGGCACGGCAGAUACACACACAGAGAUGUAUGUGCUUGGUCGUGUUGCUGUUGGUGUGGGUGUGGGUGGAAGUCAUGUGUGUAGGCGACCUAGGCGGCUGGCGCUGCGCGCACGGGCAGCACUGGCUUGCUGCUUGAAAAGGGAAUCGGGAAAGACACACAGACACAAGGACAGGCAGGCAUAUCAAAAAUGUGCGCACCUUCCCUUGCCUAGUACCCCUCUCUGCGCUCAGAGCGUUUGCUUACAUCUUCGCGUUUCUUCCUUUCGACUUCGGCCUCCUCGUGUCGUCCGGCGGCCUGCAGGUACUCGAGCUUGUCGCUGGCGGCGGAGAACUCCUCUCUGCAGAUGGGGCAGCUGUUCUCCUUGAGCAGCCACUCGCUGAUGCACUUGUGGUGAAAAAUGUGAUUGAACUUGCACGGGAUCUGACUCAACUGAAGAGAGAAGCAGAGCAAGGUGUGUGGGUGUACGCGGCGCGGCAGUGUGUGGUGUGUGUUGUGUUGUGUUGUGGUGCUGACUGACUGACCUCGUCGCCCUCGGCAAACUUCUCGUAACAAAUGGGACACUCCUGCAGACAGACCAGACCCAACAAAGGCGCCGAAAAUGGAGUUCCAUCUUAUAUAUCAACUGUGAGCUCGUGGAGGCUCUAUCAGCUCCCUGACUGACCUUGUCAUUUUCGUCGGCGACACCCGCAGCGGUGGCCUCGUCGACGCCCACCCUCUUCAAAUCCUCCAGGAACUCGGGACACACACCCUUGACCUUGGCAGCCGCAGCAUUCUGAUCCGGUCACACAAACACCAACACAACACAUUCAGUCAGUAAGUCUCUUGCGUGUGCUGUGCGAUUUCCAUCCACAGCAUUGGAUUGCUCAGCUCACGUACGUUCUCUGCGUUCUGGGUGGCGCGGUUCUCGAUCACGUUGAUGAACAUCUGGCAGACACGCAACACGAAUGACACAACAUGACACAAGAGUGAGUAUAAGACACAUAGAUGCAUCCCUCUUCCUUCCCUCCGUUUGUCUCAGCCACCCACCUCGAAAGGUAUCAUAUUUCCUCCUGGCAGUCCCAUGAAGAGGCCGGAGUGGCCUCCCCCGCCCGGGCCGCCACCCCGCUGAGACUCAGGCACCUCCUCUAGAAAACCGUCGCCGCACGUCGGACAGUUGCCUGCAGGCAGAUAAGGGCAAGAGGGAGUGAACUCUCACGCCUGACCACUGACUGCCGUCCCACAGGCCCACAUCCAGCUUCUCUGACCAUUAUUGAGCUCGUAUACGGUCGCCCUGCACUGGUGGCACCACCACGCAGCGGCGGCCCCUCCAACCGAAUUGGAAGCGCCAGACAUCGCCAAAUGCAGCUCUGAAGAAGACUUCUUGCGCGUGUGAUGCACGUGACGUGAC